GAAGGAGUGCGAAGGCACUGUCAAAACAUCGACGUCUUCGACCUGCGAUAUCUAUUCGGAUAUGAAAUUGAUCCGGAUUGGUGGUAGUGUUUUUCUGCCUUCCGCUCGCCGCCACGAAUUCCUGCACGAAUUCGCCCGCCACGAUGAUCCGGAUUGGGUCUCAGAUUAUAACAAUAGAAGGCAUCGUACGAUUAGAAUGCGGCCCGUCGACGUAACAUCGGAACACGCGGACAAACUUUUAUCGUCCGUAUAUUCUAACAUAAAGAUUGUAGCUCCGGCCAAGUACAAGAUCGGUGAACACGUGCGACAAACUCAAACGUUACGAUCUAUUGAUCGUGCGCUUAUCAAUUUUAAAAAGCUCGGUCAAACAAAAAUGACCGCAGCGACCACCCAAAACCGUAUGACGAUGUUAAAAGAAGCAUACAUCCAAAGCCAAGAUCUGGAUGCGAGGAUAGCAGCAUGCACCGACAAAGCGACGAAGUCCAGCCUCCCGUACUUCGUCGACAACCUGUUCAUCGAAUCCGAAGAACGUUACCAAGAGGCUCUGGACUACAUGGCGGAGGUCCUCGCCAAGGUCACGCCUCCACCGCAAUCUACAACAGCCAACGCAAAUUCAAAUUCAACGACGUCGAAGUCAACGGUUCAUCUACCAAAGAUUCAAUUGCCAACCAUCGAUGGCGCCUUCACCGAAUGGGAGAGCUUCCGUGACCGCUUCACCUCGCUGGUAAAAAAUAAUGAUUCUUUAUCAAACAUUGACCGCCUUCAAUUUUUGAAUUCAUCGUUAACGGGUGAAGCAAGCCGCGCCGUGAGUCACCUUCCUAUAACAGACAAAAACUUUGACAUUGCGUGGAAGAUCAUAACGUCGCGUUACGAAAACAAACAGCGGUUAAUUUCAACGCAUUUGAACACGUUAUUUUCGAUGCCGUCUGUAACAGCCGAAAACAGUCACGACCUUAGUGCGUUGCGCGAUGGAAUAAACAUAUCUCUCGAAAUGUUAAGAAAUUUAAACCGACCGGUCGACAAGUGGGAUGACAUGAUCGUUUUUAUAGCAACGCAAAAAUUAGAUCGUGCAUCGCGAAAGGCUUGGGAGUUUCAUCUUAGUGAAGCUACCGACGUUCCGACGUAUGAGGAAUUUGACACGUUUUUAAGAAAAAGAAUUCGCGCACUCGAAUCAAUGCCUAAUAUAAAACGCGAAAAAGCGAGCGACGUUGAAAAAUGUAAACAAUCUAAGUCAAGAUCGAUUUCAACCCAUUCCGUGACAUCUCAAAAAAUUACUUGUCCGGUGUGUCAACAAACUCACUUAAUCUACCAAUGUCCGAAAUUUCUUUCGCAACCAGUCUCCGAACGCUUUCAUUUUAUACGAAAACAAAAACGGUGCGUCAAUUGCUUCUCAAUUAAGCACUCCUCAGCACAGUGCCAAAGCAAGCACUUAUGCAAAGAAUGUAAUCAGCGUCAUAAUACACUUUUACAUUUUCCGAGCUCAAAGGACGCGAUUCCUUCCACAUCGAAAGCUGAGUCUGAAUCUCCCGAAAACGCAGUUGAGAUAAGUACUCACGUAGCGUCAAAUUCUCCAAAAGGCUCAUGUAUUCUUCUUUCAACAGCGCGCGUGCAAAUUCGCUCGAGUCAGGGUCGAUGCGUUAAGGCUCGAGCUCUUCUGGAUCAAGGUUCAGUGGCAACCCUUAUCACGGAGAAUCUCGCCCAAACACUCCGUCUCCUGCGUACAAAACAGCCGACCAAAAUCAUCGGAAUUGGAGAAAAUCAAUCGCACGCAAGCCACACCGCAGAAAUAACUGUCACGCCAAUUAGAUCAGAUAAGCCAGCAUAUUCGACUACAGCAAUCAUUUUGGCGAUCACUCACAAGGUACGUGCCUUCAAAAAACCAACAAAUUUCAAAGGGUCUCACCUUGCAGAUUUGGAACUUGCAGACAACGAACCCAUGAGCUCGGAUCCAAUCGACAUCAUAAUCGGAGCAGAUUCUUUACGGUCAAUUCUUGCUGCCAGGGCUGAGGAAAGGCUCGCGUGUACUCCGACGGCACAAAACACUACCCUCGGGUGGAUUCUGUCCGGUCCUUCCCAGCGAAUAUUCUCACCUUCCUCAGUAGGAGUUCACAUCUGUCUGUUUUAG